UCCGGCAAUCACAGUUUUGACUUCAACGACGUGGAUCGCUGUCGAGUUCUCCAAGCUAACUGGAAAAUUCCAUAUUUCAAGGUACUGCUGUAGAUUCGCUCGAACUAGCGUGUCCGGCAUUCCUGGUUCAGAAGAACCAACCAGCACCAUCUGCAACACAACAACAAACAUAAAACUGGAUGGAGCGGAAGAAGAUGCUACGUACAACCUCCUAGUUUUUGCCUACAAUACGGCAGAUGACAUGGGAUCUGCAUAUGCUGAAAAUAAUGUUACAACCAACAGAGCAGCUCCAAGUGCAGCACCUUGCAGCUUCACAUUGGACAACAGCAGCACAAUAUCAGUGGGCCUCAGCUGGAGCCCUGUGGACCCGUACAAACUGAAUGGAAGGCUAGUCCAGUACAUUGUAAAAGCCUUGAAUCUGAAUGGCAGUAUUGUGGCCAUAGUCGGCACUAAAAGCACAUCAGCAACACUCACUGGGCUCAUCUUUGCCACAGUGUACAACAUGUCAGUAGCUGCUGAGUCAACGGGUGGUAACAGCAGUCUGGCAAAGUACUUGCAAGUCACCACCAGCCAGGAUGUACCUACAGCCCCGACAUUCAUCGUCGUAUCGUCAACAACAGCGAUAUCAGUCACCUUCACCAAACUGACUGGCCGCUUCUUCAUCUCCAAGUACUGCUGUAGCUUCAGUAGAAUGGACGUGUCAGGAAUCCCUGGAUCACAGAAAGGAGCCAUCACAAAAUGCAGUCAAAACGUGUCUCUCAUUCUGCAUAAUGUUGAGGAAGAUGCUACGUACAAUCUCGAAGCAUAUGCUAAUAAUACGGAAAAUGGCAUUGGACCCGUGUCUGCAAAGCAGGGCGUGACAACCAAACCGGCUGCUCCCAGUGCUGCACCUGGACACCUCACGUUAUUCUCCCGAACAGCAACAUCAUUAGGCCUCGGUUGGACUGCUGUAGAUCCAUACAAACUUAAUGGAAGACUGCUUGGAUACUAUGUUGUAUGCAAUUAUCAGAAUGGAAGCCGUGUGACGUCAGUCAGUACCAUCAACUUACAGGAAGUACUAACAGGACUUACAUUCGCUACAGAAUACGAUAUAUCAGUGGCAGCGGAAUCAACCGGAGGUCUCAGCAGUAGCAAAGCUUACUGGAGGAUCUCCACGACACAGAAUGCACCGCCAGCUCCGGUAAUCACGGUUUCCACAACUGCAACGUCUAUAUCGGUCAGCUUCACGAAACUGACCGGACUGUUUCACAUCGACAGGUAUUGCUGUGUUUUCACAAGGUUGGAUGUGUCGGGAAUCCCCGGAUCAGGAGCAGCAAACAUCACCACAUGCAGUGCAACAACAUCCCUCACACUGAACGCUACUGAAGAAGAUGCCACGUACAAUCUGGACGCAUUUGCCAAUACGACUGAAAAUAACCUUGGUUCCAUAUCUACAAGAACAGGCUUGAAAACCAAACCAUCAGUUCCAAGCAUUGCACCCGGCAAUUUCGCGUUGAACUCCAGAACUGCAACGUCCAUACACCUAAGCUGGACAGCUGUUGAUCCAUACAAGCUGAAUGGACGACUGCUUGCCUACCAUUGCAAAUGUGAACUUGAGAACGGCAGGUUCGUUGAUGCACUCACAACAAACGAAACCCAGGUUUUGAUCUCUGGCUUGACGUUUGACACAACCUACCUGAUAUCUGUGGCAGCUGAGUCCACUGGGGGUGUCAGCCAUUACAUAAUCCGGCAAGUCUCCACGAUCCAAGAUGCACCAAGCAUUGGAACAACCGUGACCAACUCAUUCUACUUGAGCAGCACAUCUCUGCAGCUGGCCUGGCGACAGCUCGCACAGCAAGAUCUAAACGGUGUGUUGGUACGCUAUGACAUCAUGAUUGUCAGCCCUGCAAACUACACACAGGUAUUCAAUGUGACAAGCAACGAGACCAGUCUGACUAUCACCCAGCUUGAGAUCUACACUGUGUACAACAUGUCUGUGAGGGCUGUGACAGAGGCUGCACCUGGUCCAUUUGGCAGCCAAGUACAACAACGUACAGAUGAAUCGACUCCUGCUGCUGUCACAAAUGUGAGCGUUGUGUUCGAAGCAAACACCACCAGCAUUGCGGCCAACAUCUCCUGGACACCACUGAGAGACACUCGGGGUAUAAUCACUAGCUACACAAUCCUCUAUGCUCAAUUGGACUCGACACAGGAAGACCAGGCGAAUGCAAACCUCACAAAACGAUCACACUAUAAUAACAUCACAGUCUCCGGUAACCAAAGCAACGCUUUGAUUCACUCACUGGUAGAAAAGAAACGCUACGGAUUUCUUCUAGUUGCAAGCACAAGAAUCGGUGCAGGCCCAGCAAGCAAACCUGUCUUUUCACAAGGAACUGCGCUGUAUCCUGGACAGCCGGAGUUAAUCGAUGCCAAAUUCGUUGAUCAGCAUACAGCAGAACUGACGUGGAAGCCCAGUUCAACAGGUGGAGAGCCAAGCGGCUUCAGGAUGUUUGCAUUCUACGAAGAAGUUGUGGAUGAGCAGUUGCAGCAGAAGAGUAGGAGAAGAAGACGUCGAAAUGUGCCGGAGAAGACUGUGCUGAAUAUUAGUGAGGAUGUGGGAAGUGAUGUGUCCACAGGACGAAUCCACAAUCUCACCGCUGGACAGCCGUACGCCUUUGAGGUGAUAGCGUUUAUUCGCUACAGUGGUGGGAUCAGGAUGAGUCCUGGUAAUGUUGACCUAAGUGACUUCCGCAAUGUAACCACUAUAUCCCUAGAGCCUGACGAUGAAGAGCCAGGACAUGGAGUUACUACUGGCGCAGAUUUCAUGAUCGCCUUCAUUGUGGUGAUCCUGUUGAGCAUCCUGCUCAUCUGUAUACGAAAACGCACCGGGAAAGUGAAGCGCAAAACCAAGGGCCACGAGUCGCCUCCGCCAACAACCCCAACAUUCCUUAUGAAUGAACAAAGUGAGACAGCACUCAUUGAUAAAUGUGAGCAGGAGGCAGAUGAUGACAAGAUACUCGUCAACACCGAAGCAUACCGUGAAUGGAAAGCCUCGUGCUACGAAGAUCCAAGCCAGACUGGCGACGCAAGAUAUGAAACGACGGGCAUGGUGGAAACGAGAGAGCCACUUUAUGCUGACGUGUCGGACAUCCCACCAAGCCACAGCGGGACAGUCAUGGAGAAGAAAGGAGCCUGCGAAGUUGCUGAAGAUGAUGGCAUGCACGAGGAGAUGCCCGGUGAUGAAAGUAAUGAAGUGACAGAGCUAAUGGAAAAGAUGACACCACUGUAUAUCAAUGUUUCAGCAACCCCUUCAAGCCAACGCCGAUCUAUCAAUACAGCAACCUCUUCAAGCCAACGCCGAUCUAUCAAUACUGCAGGAGAGGAUCAUGAUACCGUGGCAGAUUCUGUCAUGUGAGGACACAGUUCAUUGUGAUGUAGUUAGUUCCUUGUAUUAUUCAAUAAUCGUUUGCACUUAUUUCCAUUGCCCUGAUAGUCUUUACUAAGACAGUACCCCAUGCCGGGGAUAUACGCAUUUUGAAAUGUCAGUUAAGCAGAGGGAGAAGCAAUUGGCAAGCAUACUAAUUCUGCUCGCGCACGGCUUCGGCCACAUAGCGACCAACCACCGACUGGUGAGUCAAUGUACCCGUUACCGUGAGGCUGCGAUCAGGAAGAGUUAAGUACAGGAACAGAGUCUAUGCAUGUACCUGUGCGCUCUGCUAACCUUCAAGACCUGACCACUUGCAUUAGCUUGCCAUUCAGUACCCAUUUACAUGUGUUGUGAACCAGUUAUGUUUGAUCCGUUUCCUUGGCAAUUAUAUGAUGUUUACUUGUACAAAUAUUGCUCCAUGAUAAUUGCCUUCCCUUCUCUUACAAGAAAUAUCCAAAGACGAGCAAUCCCCGUUUUUAUCAAACUUACUCUCCAUCUUCAAUGUGGCCUGGUACCAUUUUUUUCUUUGUGCUCUGCAUUUUCUUGGUCACUAUACAUGUUGGCCUAUGCCAUUGCCCACGAUAUACUUUUUUCCGGUAGCAAUACCUUCCUGUCCUCGGCUGAAACUCAGGAAAAAAGCUACCAUACGUUCCCAUAACUUGCCAUGUUCAUGAUCUUUACGAAUGCUGGCCUAUCAUUGUUGUUUUCUAUGCAUACACGGUGGUCUUUUCCGAAGAGGAAAUCUAGGUUUGAUACUAGCUUCUCUUCUGUGUAAUUCAUAUCAGUAACGAUAUGAGCAUGUAUGUCCAACUAAUCAUAGGUAUUGGUCAUAUCUUGUGACAACAAAUUUCCAGUCUAACGCAUUACAACACAAUCUUACAAACAUCAAGCCGUAAAAUCUUUCAAUAUUCUCUUUUGGCUCAAAUCAACUCUACACACUAAAUCACUCUCUCCCUCUCAUUUACAAAACAUAAUAUCCUGCCUAUCAUUGAAUAUGCAUGCAUUGCUGUCAC